CACAAUAACGACUCGACUAUAUCAAUCUCGAUCGACUCAACAUCGACGGCCGCCGCAGAUUUUACCGCAGCGCACCGUGAUCCAUUCCCUCACUCACACAGCAGAUCAAUCCGACGAACAUCUUCACUCACAGCUUCCGGUCAAUCUGCUCUCACUCCCACUCGCGUAAGAUGGUGGCAAGCACUCAGGACGUGAACAUGGACGGCAGCCUCGCCGGCUGCGCACCGUUCGGCUCGAGCACGACGACGCUGUCCGUGCACAAUGAGGAGGAGACGGCCAUCACUGUGGCCGUGGGUGGCAACGAGCCCAGCGGCCGGUACAUCCUGGUGGCGGGGCGCGCCGAGGAGAAGGACGGCGUGCGCAAGCCGAUCCCGGCGGGCGUCCUGAAGCCUGCGAUCACGUUUAGUGUAGUGCGUACCAAUCGUGAGGAUCUUGCCUUCCUAAAUUUUGGUUUGCCUUCCUACAUAAUCUUUUUGCUUUGGACCCUAAAAGGAUCUUUGUUUGUUUUCGAUUAAAUUUAUUUUAAU